UAAGACAUGUGAUACAGUCUUUACACUCAGCCAGGCUGUACGGGAACAUUUGUUUCUUAGUGCUCGCUGAGAGGGGGACUCAGCGAGAGCUGCUGCUCAGAGGCUGCCUUUCACUGGAAGGAUGCAGACGGUGAAAGAAGAGAUUCCACUACAGUUAAUUAAGGAGCACUCCGCACGUGCCUAUAAAUGCGAAGGGGCAAAUGAAUUCAGUGUCAGUGGAAGCAGCUCCUCAAGGGGAGGCAGUGAUAUUUCAUUGAAAGAGCUGUAAAUCUAUUUCCUAGACUCUGGGCUUGACGGUCAUUUCUGAAUCAUUGGACUGUUGCUAUCAAAGUGUGGAGCAGGGAGGCAGAGUCAGUGGAGUUCCCUCCUCGAGCUAAAUUCAGAGUUAUUGGAUGGGAUCAACAUGAGCAGCACUAUGGAUGGAUUUAUGUCAUUCUGUUGAGAUACUGAUAUACUCUUUGUUGGGUUGCUCAGCAGAUGUGUCCUGUCAUGUCCUGGCUGCUCUGCCUAUGCCUCUGGGUCAGUGUGACUGCUAUUCAGCUGUGUCAGGCCACUUUCUACGACACCAUCCAACAGCAUCAUGGGACGAGGCCUGGACGAACCACUAUCCACAUGAUCGAGGGGGGCACAUGUGAAGUAAUUGCUGCUCACAGAUGCUGUAAUAAAAAUCGUAUUGAGGAGCGGUCACAGACAGUCAAGUGUUCCUGUCUGCCAGGGAAGGUGGCUGGAACCACCAGAAACAGACCUUCAUGUGUCGACGCAUCCAUAGUAAUUGGGAAGUGGUGGUGUGAGAUGGAGCCUUGCCUGGAGGGGGAGGAAUGCAAGACGCUCCCUGACAACUCAGGCUGGAUGUGCUAUGCCGGCAACAAGAUCAAAACCACAAGGAACACUCAGCCAUACACAACAUCAACAUAUUAACACUUUGUGGAAAAAAGACGCAAGGGAACGCCUCUGGUGCAAAGGUUAAUCUGCAGCGUUGUCACAGGACCAAUUAUCACAAAGGCAAUGAACCUAUUGUUGCGUUAAGAAAUGUGAACACUUCUCAGAUUAAAGUGUAAAAAGAUGUAGAAUACAUAAAGCACAUCCUGCUCAAGGCUACUGAAAAUACUGACGCUCCGAGCUGCCUGCCUGCGGGGGGAACUUCAUCAUAACCUUGUAAUGAAUACAUUUUCAUUAUUUCUUUCCAACUAUGAGAUGGAACGCGAAUGCCUGUGCAUUUGGAUAAAUAUCUGACGUCCCUCGUCGAACAUCAGUGAGACAGAUGUCGCACGACACAGAAGAGGAAUCAAAAGGACAUGGGAUAAGCAAGUACAGCAGUCGACAGCGCUCAGGUUUUUCUUUUUGUCUUUUAAUAUUGUAAGAGGGAAAAUACUGUACAUAAAUUGUUUGUCCUCUCUUGUGUACAUGAAUUUUAUUUAUGGUGGUGGUGAAAAAUGAUAACUCAAGUCCCUGAAUGCAGUCUUGAUCCUCCCCUCUUGUUACCCACAAAGUCCAACACAACCAAAGUUCAAGGAUGUGACGUUACGAUAAAAACAGAUGCAUCGUGACGGAGAUGUUUUACGGCUUGUGUGUCUUGAUACUGUACAUUUAGCUAUUUAUCUGUAUGGUACUCGAUCACCUCUUUAAAUGGCUUUACCAGUUGAACUUGGUAACGUGUCAGCUACCCUGAAACUGAUUGACUCACCAAAAAUGUGAUACCAGUAGGUUGUUUUCGAUACUUGAAAUGCCUUAUUUGUGUCAAAUCAUACAAAU